UUUGGUGCCAGGGAGGCCUCCCCUGUACGUGGCAGGAGCUCUCCGGAGGGUGGCUCCAGAGGGUGAGCUGUGCCUGUGGCAGGUGGAGGGUGCCCAAGCCACAGAGACAGGGCAAGGAAGAGCCUGUGGGGAGACCCAGCCCUGCGUGCAAGGCCUGCAAGGAGAGCCUUCCCCCCACCCCUGGGUGCCCCCUGGCCUGGGAAGAGAACUCCUAGGGCCUCGCCUCAUUGGCUGCUUAGCUCCCCCCACCCCCCAGAGCAGCUGUUUGUUCUGCUGGCCAAUCAAGAGCCAGGGAAGAGGGUUCUGUCAUCAGCUGGGGCAGGGCAGGGGUCCCCGUGGGGGGGGCAGCUGGCCUGCCACCCUGCUCUCCCACCUCUCCCCCUCCUCUCCCCCUGGACCACCACACCCCCCCAGACCCGGCCUGGCCAUGGUGCUGGAACUCUACCUGGACCUGCUCUCCCAGCCCAGCCGGGCCGUUUACAUCUUUGCCAAAAAGAACAACAUCCCUUUCAUAAUGAAGAGCAUUGAGAUGUUGAAAGGGCAAAUGUUCAGCGAAGAGUUUAACAAGGUGAACAUCCUGCGGAAAGUGCCAGUUCUGAAAGACGGAGACUUCACCUUAGAGGAAAGCACAGCCAUCCUGCUGUACUUGACGCGGAAGUACAACACCCCCAGUCACUGGUACCCGCCAGACAUGAAGAAGAGGGCCCGCGUGGAUGAAUACCUGGCCUGGCAGCACACCAACAUCCGCACCACGGCCUCCAAGAUCCUGUGGCUCAAGGUGGUGAUCCCUCUCUUCCUGGGCCAACAGGUCCCUCAGGAGAAGGUGCAGGACGCCAUGGAGGACCUGAACCUCUCCCUGCAGAAGCUGGAGGAGAAGUUCCUCCAGGAGAAGCCCUUCAUCAUCGGCAACGAGAUCUCCUUGGCCGACCUGGUUGCCGUUGUGGAACUGAUGCAGCCCAUGGGCGCCGGCUGCGACGUCUUGGAGGGCCGGCCCAAACUCCAGGAGUGGCGCAAACGGGUGGAGGUGACCCUGGGGAAGGAGCUCUUCGCGGAGGCCCACGCCCGGAUCCUGAACCCCCAAGAGCUGCGGAGCAUCUCCGUCGACCCCCCGCUCAAGGCGCAGAUGAAGCCCGCGAUCCUCAAGAUGCUGAAAUAAAUAAAGCCGGGCCCCCGGGC